UCUCCUGCCCCGGAAGUGCAAGCCUGGAGGUCGUGCAGGUGUGGAUUCCGCCGGCGAGGCGGCUCCUUUCGAGAUGCCGGGGGCUGAGGCCAAGGACUCGGAGUUGUCCGAGAGGAUCGAGAGUUUCGUGGAGGCACUGAAGCGGGGCGGCGGGCGGCACAGCUCCGAGGACAUGGCCCGGGAGACCCUGGGGCUGCUGCGCCGGAUCAUCACGGACCACCGCUGGAGCAAUGCAGGGGAGCUGAUGGAAUUGAUCCGCAGAGAAGGCCGGAGGAUGACGGCCGCUCAACCCUCGGAGACCACCGUGGGCAACAUGGUGCGGAGAGUGCUCAGGAUCAUCCGGGAGGAGUAUGGCAGACUCCACGGACGCAGCGACGAGAGCGAUCAGCAGGAGUCCCUGCACAAACUCUUGACAUCCGGGGGCCUGAGCGAGGAUUUCCGCUCCCAUUAUGCUCAACUCCAGUCCAACAUCAUUGAAGCAAUUAAUGAGCUGCUUGUGGAACUGGAAGGGACAACGGAGAACAUCGCAGCCCAGGCUCUGGAGCACAUCCACUCCAAUGAGGUGAUCAUGACCAUUGGCUUCUCCCGAACAGUGGAGGCCUUCCUCAAAGAGGCUGCCCGAAAGAGGAAAUUCCAUGUCAUCGUGGCAGAGUGUGCGCCUUUUUGUCAGGGUCAUGAGAUGGCAGUCAAUUUGUCCAAAACAGGUAUUGAGACAACUGUCAUGACGGAUGCUGCCAUUUUUGCUGUUAUGUCAAGAGUCAACAAGGUGAUCAUUGGCACAAAGACCAUCCUGGCCAACGGUGCCCUGAGAGCUGUGACAGGAACUCAUACUCUAGCACUGGCAGCAAAACACCAUUCCACCCCACUCAUCGUCUGUGCACCUAUGUUCAAGCUUUCCCCACAGUUCCCCAAUGAAGAAGAUUCAUUUCACAAGUUUGUGGCUCCUGAAGAAGUCCUGCCUUUCACAGAAGGGGACAUCUUGGAGAAGGUCAGUGUUCAUUGCCCUGUGUUUGACUACGUCCCCCCAGAGCUCAUUACCCUCUUUAUCUCCAACAUUGGUGGGAAUGCACCUUCCUACAUCUAUCGCCUGAUGAGUGAACUCUACCAUCCUGAUGAUCAUGUCCUAUGACCACCACGCGUCCUAAGCAGAAGCUGCUUAGGCACACACAGAAUGGAGUGGAGACUUCAGCGCCACGGCUGAAACACAUCUUCCUUGUAAUGGGGGAGUGAUCUGGAGUCAAGCUGAGAAAACUUGAUACUGAUAAUGUUCCCUGCCGUUUCAGUCAUCCUAUAACCAGGACGCACAUCCAGGACUAUUUUUUGCCUUUCAGGUCUCAGCAGAGCAGCAGGUCCAGGACUAUUUUUUGCCUUUCUUGACCUAUUGAUUUUGGAGCCUCUUAGUGACUUGGGGCGUCUGUUUCAGGAACUUAAACUUUCUGGUUCAGUGGUGUGUUAAACACAACACUGAAGACCUUGCUGGGCUACAGGUUUUUGCUCAGAAAUGACUGCCACGCCUUUUCUGAGGCUGUGCCAAUAAAAGCUGCUCGAAGGUUCCUGA